GCUCUGUGAAAGAAUCUCGCGAGAAUAUAGGUUCAUCAGAGGGGUGCCUUUUCUAAGUCUUGUUUUGUUUUUAGUUAUUUUGUCAGCGAUUUUACAUCGUUUACUUGACGUCUACUACGAGUUAAUUAGUCCGUCUGUUUAUCAUAGGAGUUAAAACGUCGAUCCAGAAGUUGGUUUUGUGAUCGCAGUAGUUUUAUCGUCAGAGAUGAGAAUGUAUCCAUAGCGAAGGACGCACAUCCAGCUAACUGUAAAAGCUAACAGUCCAAACAAACAUUCUGUUAUCCACAUAUAUCAGUCAUUAACAGCCAUUCACAUCUAAAAAUGGGUUCAAUACUUAGCAGGAGAAUUGCUGGAGUUGAGGACAUCGAUAUUCAAGCCAAUUCUGCGUACCGUUAUCCCCCCAAAUCAGGAAAUUAUUUCACCAGUCAUUUUUUCAUGGGAGGAGAAAAGUUUGACACGCCCCACCCUGAGGGAUACCUUUUUGGAGAAAAUAUGGAUUUAAAUUUCCUAGGCAACAGACCUGUGCAGUUUCCCUAUGUGACCCCUGCAACGCAUGAGCCUGUGAAGACAUUAAGGAGUUUGGUGAACAUCAGGAAGGAUUCUUUACGUCUUGUGAGGUAUAAGGAUGAUUCUGACAGCGCACCAGAGGACACAGGAGAUCCAAAAGUCCUUUACAGUGUUGAAUUUUGCUUUGAUACUGAUGCCAGAGUGGCUAUUACACUAUACUGCCAGGCCUUUGAGGAGUUUGCCAAUGGGAUGGCAAUAUACAGCCCCAAGAGCCCUUCAAUGGUGUCUGAGACAGUCCAUUAUAAGAGAGGGAUAAAUCAACAAUUUUCUCUGCCAUCCUUUAAGAUUGAUUUCACCAAAUGGAAGCCUGAAGAGCUGAAUUUUGAUCUGGACAGAGGUGUUUUCCCUUUGGUGGUCCAGGCAAUAGUGGAUGAUGGAGAUGAUGUCACAGGACAUGCACAUGUCCUCUUGGCAGCCUUUGAGAGGCAUGUUGAUUGCAGUUUCUCAGUAAAGCCUUUGAAACAGAAGCAAAUAGUGGACCGUGUCAGCUAUCUGCUACAGGAAAUUUAUGGCAUUGAAAACAGGAACAAUCAAGAGACAAAGUCCACAGAGGAUGAGAACAGUGACAACAGCAGCGAGUGUGUGGUCUGUUUAUCAGACCUGCGUGACACACUCAUUCUCCCUUGCAGGCACCUGUGUCUGUGCAAUGCCUGUGCUGACACACUGCGUUACCAGGCCAACAACUGCCCUAUCUGCAGACUGCCAUUCAGAGCCCUGCUUCAGAUCCGAGCUGUUAGAAAGAAAACGGCAGCCACUCUCUCCCCGGUUUCCUUUAGCCCAGUGCUGUCCCAGAGCUCGGACCAUACUGAGCAUUCGAAUGCUGACAACAUUCCUCCUGGCUACGAGCCCAUCUCCCUUCUGGAGGCCCUGAACGGAGUGCAGCCCAUGUCCCCUUCAAUCCCAUCAGUGCCUCUCUAUGAGGAGAUUCAGUUUUCUGGAGAGAUGGGUGAUCCCCUCAACCUGACAGGGCGUCAGCAGAGCGUAGACACCGCGUCAGUGAAGGGCAAAGGCAGCAAGUCACCAGAUGGGUCUACACGUUCUCCCUCAUCCCCCAUACAGGAGGAGGAAGAUGAGGAGAGGCUGUCGGAGCUAUCUGAUGCCCAGCCUCGGUCUGUUCUGCCCUGCAGCCUCACUCCUACUGAGGAGACAAUAGAGGGUGUGUCCGCUAAUCCUGGCUUCCCAAAUUCAGGUUCAGAGAGCAGAUCGCUGGAUGUGUCAGUGAGCGAAAUCCUGCAGGACUGCCAGAGUGAGCGCAGUAGCCUGAGCCGGACAGAAAGUGACCCCUCAGCAGAUCUGGCCCUGCCUGGUGAGCUGCUAACACACACUCAGUACCCCACCAUCCUAACAGCCCCACGUCUGAGUCGUGGUCCACCGCUGUAGAGGAAUGUUGAUUCUGGGUCAUCAGAGUCCAUUGAAAGCCUGAAGAGUCAGAGCACCAGCAGCUCCAGUCACCCCUUGCUCUGCCUCCCCAGCACCCUGCACAUUGAAGAUGAGCAUCUCACUCCAUAAUAGCUGCUGAUUUUGUCAGAGACGCUCUCUCUUUAUCUCACUAUACAAAUCAAACUAUUUCAAUCCCAACAGAUAUUGUUCCAUGAAUGCUACCUUGUCUCAAUCAAGAUUAUAAGCAUCAAAAUCUUACGUUGAAGUGUCCAAAACAUUUGUCUUGAAGUAGAUAUUUGUAAAUGAAACACUACACAGAAAUUUAGCUUACUAAAAAAAAAAAAAAAAAAAAAACGAGAGGUUUAUAAGACUGUAACACAUUUUACCUUCACUGCCCUGGCUUCUUCUUUUUGAAGUAUGCAGCUUCAUGGUGGUUUAUGUCUGUGUACUUGAUGUGUUUUAUUGUCUUGUAUAAUCAGCAAAUGAACACUAAGUGCAUCAGGUAAUCAGAUUGCUAUCUGAUACGGACACAUAAUAUAAUCAUAUACUUAUCCAGUUAAAGUAAUCAUAUAUGUCUGUAUCUUAUAUAUUUGUUUUGUGCCUUACAGUAGUGUGGCUGUCCCUUCCUCCUUCCUUUGAAACAUACAAAAUGGGAAGCUGUAGCACUUAAAGCUUUAAUAAGUAGUUCAUAGGGGGAUUUGCCAUCAUUUAAAGUGACAUAUCUGAUGCUUUUUAGUGAAUUCACUGCUGCUUCUCUAUGUCAAGCACCUUUAAAGGUAAAGUAUAUUUGUAUGUCGUUAAAUCGUUUUAUCAUAAAGUGUUGUGCACUAA